AUACCGACGCGUGCCGACGUUGCGCUAACGCCGCGAAAGAAUAUUCGAUUUUUAAACGUAUUUACUUUUCGAAACAUUGUAAUUUAAAAGUGGUAUUUUAAGCCAGUGUUAUUGUAAUAUUUUUCUUAAAGAGUAUCUAGAGAUUUUUUUAUCUACAGAUUAUAAAAAAAAUAAUUAAGCCAGUAGAAAAUGAUUACGUGGUAAACAUUUACCGGUGCGUGAAUCAUGAACAUUGCUUAGAAAUUGUCAAUACGUGACAAAAUAUCUUAGAAGUUUGCAAUUAUUUAUAAAAGUUAAAUAGUGUUUGUAAAAUAAAACAGAACUGUAACGGAACAAAAUGGCGCGCGUCGUGUUAUUUAUAACGCUGUGUCAAAUUUUAAGUUUUCCCAUACUCACACAAAGUAAUGAUGAGAAUCCGUUCUUGGAUCUUGCGUCAUCAUUCUUGCAAAAUAUGGGGGACGGUGGUGAUAACAUGAAUGGGGUGGCUGCUAUCGGCAAUAUCGUCGGUAGCUUAUUACAAGGGGACAAUGCUAAGAAUUUGGGAUCAUUGCUUGGACAAGACAAUGGAAGCGCUGGCGAUGUUUUAUCUGGGUUGGGCAGCUUAUUGGGUGGACAAGAUGGUAAAAUAGAUCCAACGCUAGUUGGUUCAAUGGUUUCGAUGCUCGCACAGCAAAUAACUUCUAGUAAUCAGCCGACUCAACGUCAAAAACGGGAAACGGAAUCAAAUGACGUCAAUAUGGAAAGUAUACUUAGCCUGGCGUCAGGGUUUUUGGGCAAUAAGAACAUCGCGGGAAUUUUACCCGUAGUCAUGAAUACUUUAAGCGCAUUUUCGGAUGAACAGGCAAAUAAACGGGCUGAUAGUCACAAGGAUCAUUCAUCUUUCCUUCCACCGAUUCUGGAAAAAGCGCAUUUGUACUGGGACGUGUUCAUAAAUUCAGAAUUAGGGAAGACGGUUUGGGAAAAGUCGGGACUUAAGCGAGCCAUGAAGUCUUUUAUUGGACCUGAUGGAAAUGUCAGCUUCGAAAUGAUGUUCAAGAGUUUUGAAAACCAUUCGUUCAGGAGACAUUGGAUUAAGGCCGUCGCUAAGUAUCUGACUGAUAUGGUCGUUCACGUCGCUAAGCCCGAAGUCUAUCAGAGAUACUUGUCGUCUGGGCAAUAUAUAAUAAACAGCUUUCUAGACAGCCAAGGUUUACCCAAGUCCACCCACUUCAAUAUGAACAGGCCAGAGAAAUCUAUAACAGCAUUGACAAACUACGUUCUAAGGAAAUACUUAGACAUGGACACAGAUGUAUCUGGAUAUGUCAAGUCUGCCCUAGAAUAUAUGAAGCAAAUAUUAAAAUUAGCACAAACCGCGUCACAAAACCUCGCGAGCCGAGCCGAUUACCACGCGAUCGCAGACAGACUUACAGAUACGCUGAACUUGGAAGUUAUAGAACCAGUCCUGAGGGUGUACAGAGCUUACAAGCACUCGAAAGCGGCGCCACAUUGUCAGGAACAUCUCAUGUGUGUCGUGAACACACACCACGACCAGGACAAACAAGGCCUUCCAGGAUUUAAGGCUGGUCUAACUAAGCUGAGCAGUCUGGCCGCAUCAGCAGCACUCAGUUUCCAAAACGGGAAAGGAUUUUGGGAUCUCUACAACGCUAUACAGAGCGAUGUCAACUGUGAGGCCAAAUAUCCGGCGGAUUGCGCUGCAUUCCACGAACAUGAGCUGAAAGUUACUACUGAAGUAUACCAUAGUGAAUUAUAAAUAAAUAUUUAAUUAAAAUGCACGAUAAUA